AUGACUUCUACACAACAAGAUCAUAUCGUUCUUCUUGUCGAUACCCCCUUCUUUGAAAACCUACCCGCCUGGGUCACCGACAACUUCACCGUCACCCCUGGAGGUUCCCACGAUGGCCAACCAUCUCGCAACAAAUUAGUCAUCUUCGCUGACGGCAGCUACCUGGAGUUCUUCAACUGGUACGACACACCACCGUCUCUGGACGAUGAGAACUUGCCGAUGAGAUUCUGGGGGCGAAAGACCCCAGGACUGAUUGACUUUGCAAUCACCGAUACAACCCACUCCGCCGAGGAAUCGGUUGGGACGGUCAAUGAACGAUUGUCCUCGGGGCCCGAGAAGGAUGCCGGUCUUGGUGUCAAACUCGGUACGCCGAUUGCAGGAUCACGCAAAAAAGCUGACGGCUUGGAGAUCAAGUGGAAGGUCACACGGCCAGAAUUCUCCAAAGGUGAAAAAACGCCCGGUCAAGAGCUUUUCGCCGACGGCAGAAUUGACGUCCCAUUCUUCUGCCACGAUAUCACUCCGCGAACAGACAGGGUCCCAAGUCUGGACGAGAAGAAAACGACGCAUCCUUGCGGUGCCGUUGGAAUAGCGGCCUGUGAUAUCCUCGUGCCCAAGCACCUGCAAACCGAAUAUGUCCGCGUCUAUUCCAAGAUCCUAGGCUCCAACGUCGAACCUGCCGCCGGGAAAACCUCGCAUAUAAUCGACAUUGGUGUGCCCCAGGGGCAUACCCGUUCGACGGUAGUUGUGCGUGCUGCCGAGACUGAACGAGACAUCAAGCGUAUGCAAGAGAGGGGAAUUGGAUUCUCUGAUCUUGUCAUCGCUGUCAAGUCCGAUGGCCCUGGCGACGAGAUGAGGCGCCCGUUGGGCUCCACGGUGCCGCACCUCCCGCCCCUCAUCCUCGUGGUUGCCCUCGACCUUGAGCCAGACUGGCAAGAACUUGAUGAUUUGGCCAUAUAA